AUGAGCGAGGUUACAGUGGUGAUUCGAGGAAAAAAUGUCUCUGUCACGCUUCCGGCAGAUGUAGAACCGGUGAUGUUUUCUUCCAUGUUAAAGGUGUAUAAGCCAUUCCGCGAAUGGUGCGAAGAGAUUGAUGAAAACCUUGAUGUCCGGGGUUUGACUGUCCAGAGCGUGGAUUACUUCGGAGCUAGGAUUGGCUUUUUGAAGUUUUCUGCGGAGGCGUACUCCAAGAUUCACGGCCAGCGGGUGCCCGGGAUCGUUUUCAUGCGGGGAGGGUCUGUUGGCGUCCUUCCUGUGCUCAUUGACGAGAAAACUGCAGAAAAGUACAUUGUCCUCACCGAACAGGCACGGGUUCCCGUUGGAAAGGCGUCAUUCUUGGAGAUCCCCGCGGGAAUGCUCGAUGAGAAUGGAGAUGUGGUCGGCGUGGCUGUCCAAGAGAUGGCAGAGGAGACCGGCAUCUCACUGAAGCGGUCCGACCUUUGUAGCUUAGGUUCAUACUACACUUCUCCGGGGGGCAGCGACGAGCUUCUAUCUCUAUACUACACGGAGAAGUCGGUUUCCAAAGACUUCCUUGAGAAUCUGGCGGGAAGACUCACCGGAGUCGGACCACACGAACGCAUCAUCGUUCGCCUUACUAAGCUAGCCGGGUCGCUGGAGAAGCUCACAGAUGGCAAGUCGCUUCUGGCAAUUCUGCUUUACGAUCGCUUGAAGGGUUCCCAGGGUGGCGCUUUUGCCUCGCACUCGUAG